CCCGGCCCUCCCCCCACCAUGGCGCGGAGCGAGGCAGCGGCGGCGGCGGGGCCGGGCCCGGGGCCCCCCCUUGACUGGGUACUGGCCAAGGCCCUGAUUCCCUGAAGAGAGAUGAAGAAACCGAGAUUCAGAGAGGUUCAGACACUUGCCCGAGGUCACACAGCUAAUCUCACCUCCCACUCCUCCCAUCUUCCCCCUGCACCAUGGCUCCGGGCCCAUUCUCCUCGGCGCUCCUCUCGCUGCCGCCUGCUGCCCUGCCCUUUCUGCUGCUCCUCUGGGCGGGGGCAUCUCGAGGCCAGCCCUGCCCCGGCCGCUGCAUCUGCCAGAACGUGGCGCCCACGCUGACCAUGCUGUGCGCCAAGACCGGCUUGCUCUUUGUGCCGCCGGCCAUCGACCGGCGCGUGGUGGAGCUGCGGCUCACCGACAACUUCAUCGCGGCCGUCCGCCGCCGAGACUUCGCCAACAUGACCAGCCUGGUGCACCUCACCCUCUCCCGGAACACCAUCGGCCAGGUGGCGGCCGGCGCCUUUGCAGACCUCCGCGCCCUCCGCGCCCUGCACCUCGACAGCAACCGCUUGGCGGAGGUCCGGGGCGACCAGCUCCGCGGCUUGGGCAACCUCCGCCACCUGAUCCUCGGCAACAACCAGAUCCGCCGGGUGGAGUCGGCCGCCUUCGAUGCCUUUCUCUCCACCGUGGAGGACCUGGAUCUGUCCUACAACAACUUGGAGGCCCUGCCGUGGGAGGCCGUAGGCCAGAUGGUGAACCUGAACACCCUCACGCUGGACCACAACCUGAUCGACCACAUCGCCGAAGGUACCUUCGUGCAGCUUCACAAACUGGUUCGCCUGGACAUGACCUCCAACCGCCUGCAUAAACUGCCCCCUGAUGGGCUCUUCCUGAGGUCCCAAGGCCCCGGGCCAAAGCCACCCACGCCGCUCACGGUCAGCUUCGGCGGCAACCCCCUGCACUGCAACUGCGAGCUGCUCUGGCUGCGGCGGCUGACAAGGGAGGAUGACCUGGAGACGUGCGCCACCCCUGAGCACCUCACCGACCGCUACUUCUGGUCCAUCCCCGAGGAGGAGUUCCUGUGCGAACCUCCGUUGAUCACUCGGCAGGCAGGCGGCCGGGCCCUGGUGGUGGAGGGCCAGGCGGUCAGCCUGCGGUGCCGCGCUGUGGGUGACCCUGAGCCGGUGGUGCAUUGGGUGGCACCUGACGGGCGGUUGCUGGGGAACUCGAGCCGGACCCGGGUCCGGGGGGAUGGGACACUGGAUGUAACCAUCACCACCUUGCGGGACAGUGGCACGUUCACUUGCAUCGCCUCCAACGCCGCUGGGGAAGCCACGGCGCCGGUGGAGGUGUGCGUGGUGCCUCUGCCUCUGAUGGCGCCCCCACCGGCCGCCCCGCCACCUCUCACCGAGCCUGGCUCCUCGGACAUCGCCACGCCUGGCCGACCUGGUGCCAAUGAAUCUGGGGCUGAGCGCCGGCUUGUGGCUGCCGAGCUCACCUCCAGCUCCGUGCUCAUCCGCUGGCCAGCCCAGAGGCCCGUGCCUGGCAUCCGCAUGUACCAGGUCCAGUACAACAGCUCCGCAGAUGACUCCCUUGUCUACAGGAUGAUCCCAUCCACCAGCCAGACCUUCCUGGUGAAUGAUCUGGCAGCGGGCCGCGCCUACGACCUGUGCGUGCUGGCCGUCUACGACGAUGGGGCCACGGCGCUGCCCGCCACCCGAGUGGUGGGCUGCGUGCAGUUUACCACGGCAGGGGAUCCCGCGCCCUGCCGCCCACUGAGGGCCCAUUUCUUGGGCGGCACCAUGAUCAUCGCCAUCGGGGGUGUUAUUGUCGCCUCCGUCCUCGUUUUCAUAGUUCUGCUCAUGAUCCGCUACAAGGUCUACGGCGAUGGGGAUGGCCGCCGAGUCAAGGGCACCUCCAGGUCGCCUCCGCGGGUCAGCCACGUGUGCUCUCAGACCAACGGCGCAGGCGCAGGCGCAACGCAAGCCCCGCCCCCGCCGGCGCAAGACCGCUACGAGGCGCUGCGCGAGGUGCCAGCUUCGGCUGCUGCGGCGGUGGCUGUCGAGGCAAAGGCCGUGGCGGCGGACACGGCUUCCGCGGAACCGGAGGCGGUCCUUGGACGCUCCCUGGGUGGCUCAGCCACCUCGCUGUGCCUGCUGCCGUCCGAGGAAACCUCCGGGGAGGAGUCCCGGGCCGCUGCGGGCCCUCGGAGGAGCCGUUCUGGGGCCCUGGGACCGCUGGCUUCGGCGACCCCCACUUUAGCUCUGGUUCCUGGGGGAGCCCCGGCCCGGCCGAGGCCGCAGCAGCGCUAUUCGUUUGACGGGGACUACGGGGCGCUCUUCCAGAGCCACAGUUACCCGCGCCGCGCCCGGCGGACAAAGCGCCACCGGUCCACGCCGCACCUGGACGGGGCCGGAGGGGGCGCGGCCGGGGACGACGGAGACCUGGGGCUGGGCUCCGCCAGGGCGCGUCUGGCCUUUACCAGCACCGAGUGGAUGCUGGAGAGUACCGUGUGAGCGGCGGGCGGGCGCCGGGACGCCUGGGUGCCGCGGACGAUCGCCCAGCCGCCCGGACGCCGGGGCAGGACUCGGGGGACAAAGCGCCGAGCUACGACGUCGGACUGCAGGGGAGGCGUGCCCUUCUCCUCCCUGGAGGGGGUGGACGGCCUGGGCUGCGGCUCGAGGUCACGCCCCCGCGCUCAGGGGGGUUUGAGGGCGGGCCGCCGAGCUCCCCUCCCCCACGGACUUUAAGCCCCCCUCCUGCCCCUCCCCCCGCGCGCUCGCGGACCUCGCUGGAGCCGGUGCCUUACACAGCGAAGCGCGGGGAGGGGCAGGGCCCCCCCGACACUGCAGCACUGAGACACGAGCCCCCUACCCCCGCCCGGGACCCGGGGCAGGGGCGAGGGACCCAUUUCUUGUAUCUGGCUGGACUAGAUCCUAUUCUGUCCCGCGGCGGCCUCCAAAGCCCCCACCCCCACCCCAUUCAAUUCCCUGGUCCCGUCGGGUCUGGCUUGGGGUGCCCCUUUCUCUGUUCCCUUCGUUUGUCUCUGUCCCGCCCUCUGUCGUCUGUGUCUUACGUCCUUCCCUGUUUGUCUCUCAUUUCUCUGUCCCGUCAUCUCUUCUCCCUCUGCACUCCCGUAUUGCGUCCAGCCUCCUUGUCUCUCCAGAUUAUAUCUCCCCAGUACACAUUCUCCCGGGCAGGUCCCACUGGAAGGACCAGACUCUCCCCUAUUCCUUCCUCUUAACCCCCAAAUAAAUCCCCACAUGAACAAAAUCCAAAACCAAAUCCCCCUCCCUACCGGAGCCGGGACCCUCCGCCGCAGGAGAAUUAAACAUUUUUCUGUGUCUGAG